GCGUUUAAAAGUGUUUUGCUCGACACAGGCACCGACAGUUUGCAUUCACAUAGCGAAGGCGCGUAAAGCAGAAGAAUUACGAAAAAUUCCAAACAUCAACAUCAACAACAACAACAACAAGAGGAACCCGAAGAAUAAAAUGAUGAAAUUCUGUGCGAGUUUUUGUCUACUGACCGUUCUGGCCGCCAUUAACAUGGCCCAGGCAGACAAUUUGCAAUGUAACAUCAAGUCAAAUGCUGCAUUCAGAGGAUGGCCGGACAUGAAGGAGCCCUGCAUUAGGAGCAUGCGCGAGCAGAUCCAGAAGGAGAUCAAUGCCUCCAUGCAGUACCUGGCUAUGGCUGCCUAUUUCUCGAACGAUACCGUCAAUCGUCCUGGUUUCGCCGAACACUUCUUCAAGGCUGCUAAGGAAGAGCGCGAGCAUGGAGCCAAGCUGAUCGAAUACCUGUCAAUGCGUGGCGAGUUGACCCACACCGUGAAGGACCUAAUCAAAGUAUCGCCUGUCAAGGUAAAGAACUGGUCUGGACUGUCUGCUUUGGAGGAUGCCUUCAAGCUGGAGACCGAGGUCACCAAGUCCAUUCGCGAUCUGAUUAAGACCUGCGAGGGCAACUCCAAGAAGGCUGAUGAUAACGAUUACCAUCUGGUUGACUACCUGACCGGCGUCUAUCUGGAGGAGCAGCUGACCGGCCAACGCGAACUGGCUGGCAAGAUCACCACAUUGGAGAAGAUGAUGUCCUCCCAGGGAGAGUUGGGCGAAUUCCUGUUCGACAAGAACAUGUAAACAACAUCCCCAAAUUCAACUCAUUGUCUAGCAAGCUAUUCAUAGUUUAUACUGUGCUCCCGAAAGAUAUCUAUUUAAAAUUAACUGUUACUAGCCUCUGCAGCAGAUACUCCAUCGCAUCAAGUAUUUUGUUAUCCACACGAUCAUUUUUCUUUGCCAAAAUUAGUUUAUAAUUAAAUCAUACUCAAAAGUAAAA